AUGUCCAAGAUUUUGUCUUUGCAACUUCCAUGGGUGGAGAAAUAUCGCCCUCAGGUUUUAUCUGAUAUAGUCGGUAAUAAAGAAACCAUUGAUCGACUUCAGCAAAUCGCUAAAGAUGGUAACAUGCCCCAUAUGAUAAUAUCUGGUAUGCCGGGUAUAGGUAAGACCACCUCGGUACAUUGCCUUGCGCAUGAGCUGCUGGGCAGUUCCUACGGCGAUGGUGUUUUGGAAUUGAACGCUUCAGACGAUAGAGGUAUUGAUGUCGUCAGAAACCAGAUAAAACACUUUGCCCAGAAGAAAUUGCAUCUUCCUCAAGGUAAACAUAAGAUCAUCAUCCUCGAUGAAGCGGACUCCAUGACAGCUGGUGCUCAGCAAGCAUUGAGAAGAACCAUGGAAUUAUACUCGAAUUCAACCAGAUUCGCAUUUGCCUGUAAUCAAUCUAAUAAGAUCAUUGAGCCAUUACAAAGUAGAUGCGCAAUUUUAAGGUACUCUAAGCUAUCGGAUGAAGACGUUCUAAAACGUCUCUUGGAGGUCAUAAAACUAGAAGAUGUCAAAUACACGAAUGAUGGGUUAGAAGCAAUAAUUUUUACUGCCGAAGGUGAUAUGAGACAAGCUAUAAACAAUUUACAAAGUACUGUAGCAGGACAUGGCUUAGUCAACGCUGAUAAUGUUUUCAGGAUCGUCGAUUCCCCACAUCCAUUAAUAGUGAAGAAAAUGCUACUAGCCACCAACCUAGACGAUUCCAUCAACAUCUUGAGAACGGAUCUUUGGAAAAAGGGUUAUUCCUCAAUUGAUAUCGUAACAACAUCCUUCCGUGUCACUAAAAACUUGACGCAAGUUAAGGAAUCAGUAAGGUUAGAAAUGAUAAAGGAAAUUGGCCUAACUCAUAUGAGAAUUUUGGAAGGUGUCGGGACUUACUUACAAUUGGCUAGUAUGUUAGCCAAAAUUCGUAAACUAAAUACUAAAGUCUAA